CACGCCUCGCACACCUUAAUCCGGUAGACUACACGGCGGCGGCGUCGCCGGAGAGAUAUUGUCCGCCGGCUGCUUCGAUUCUGUCUCUUUCUCUCGAACGCUUUCCAUGGCGCGCUUCCUCCUCGCUCUCGUCGUCGUCGUCUUCGUCGCGGUGCUUGCGCAGCGACAGCGAGGCGACGCGGCGCCGUCGACGACCGAGGUGUUCUGGCGCGCCGUGCUGCCGGACUCCCCGCUGCCGGACGCCUUCCUCCGCCUCCUCCGCCCUGGUAUCGACUUCGUCGGCAAAGUGGACUCCGGUGGCGAGGCGCGGGUCAGGUACCCCUACGAUUACAGUGACUACAAGGGAUCUUCUCCGACGACGGCGAGUGGUUUGGACGGCGGUGACUCGAGCAACCGCGUGGCCACCACCCGCGUCGGGGAGCCAGGGCCUUUCGGCUACGACUACAGUGGACAGGGCGAAGGCACCGGCGCCCCAGCGGGAGAGCCGGUUCUUGCCAGGGACGGGGACUUCGACUACGACGAGUACGUCGACGCGAGGAAGCUCCGCGGCGCCGCCGGCGCCGUCGGAGAGACGGAUGACCCUUUCGAGUACGACUAUAAGGAGACGAGCAGCGGCAGUGGCGCCACGGUGGAGUCCACGACGCCGGCGUCCACGACGGUGUUCUUCCACGAGGAGGCGGUGCGCGUCGGCGAGAGGCUCCCGUUCUACUUCCCGGAGGCGGUGACGUCGGCGCUCGGGCUCCUGCCUCGGCGCGCCGCGGACUCCAUCCCGUUCACCACGGCGGCGCUGCCGGGCGUCCUCGCGCUGUUCGGCGUCGCGCCGGACUCCGCCAGGGCGGCCGGCAUGAGGGAGACGCUCCGCAUGUGCGAGUGGCCGACGCUCGCGGGGGAGUCCAAGUUCUGCGCGACGUCGCUGGAGGCCCUGGUGGAGGGCGCCAUGGCGGCGCUCGGGACGCGCGACGUCGCCGCCCUGACGUCGACGCUGCCCCGCGGCGGCUCGCCGCCGCAGGCGUACACCGUCCGCGCCGUGCUGCCCGUCGAGGGCUCCGCCUUCGUGGCGUGCCACGACCAGGAGUACCCGUACACCGUCUACCGGUGCCACACCACCGGCCCGGCCAGGGCGUACAUGGUGGAGAUGGAGGGCUCUCGCGGCGGCGGCGCGGUGGUGACCGUGGUGACCGUGUGCCACACCGACACGUCGCGGUGGAAUCCGGAGCACGUGUCGUUCAAGCUCCUCGGCACCAAGCCCGGCGGCUCGCCGGUUUGCCACCUCAUGCCGUACGGGCACAUCGUCUGGGCCAAGAACGUGAAGAGCUCGACGGCGUAGGGCUCCAACUCCGGCGCCGGAAUUGUGAUCUAUGCGACGUUAUGUACGAUGCAUCUAUAUUCGUGUGUUCAUGCCACCUGUCACCCGAUCUACUGUUUCACCUCUAAAGCGACUAUUACCAGAGCAUCUCUAAUAAAAAUAACAGCUGGUGUUGUCCUUGUAUACA